UGUUGGUGAUGGAGACCCCCUGCCCCGUGUGGGGAUGGUGGGGACACCCUACGCCAAGUUGCUGGUGGCACACGGAGGGAAGGGCUCCACAAGCUGAAGCCCCCAACGAGCCCCAUGUCCUUUGCAGGCUGGUGGCUGGUGGUACCAAGCAGGGUAGGAGGACAGCUCCGACCCUCCCUGUCGGUGCACCCCAGCCAGGAGGUGGCCGUGGGGGACAAGGUCACCCUGCGGUGCCGUGUGCCCCGGCCGGCUCCCAGGGUCCUGUUCUACAAGGAGGAAGAUGGGAGGUACCUAUGGCAGCAGGCUGGGGUGAAGGAUGUGGCUGAGUUCUCCCUGGAAGUGUUGACAUGGGAUGCUGGUGGGAGAUACUGGUGCCAGUAUGAAAUCCUGGAACCAUUCUGGGCCUCGGAGCCAAGCAACCCCAUGGAGCUGGUGGUUCUGGAUACCCGCUACCCCACACCCAUGAUGUCUGUGAGGCCUGAGGGACACAUUCGACUGGGCACCAACGUCACCAUCCAGUGCGAGUCUGCAUAUGGGGCCACCUUCAUCCUACACAAACCUGGGAGCGCAGCCCCCAUCCAGUGUGGGGACACGGGGGGCACGGCCACCUUUGUCCUCCCUGAGGUGACUCUGUCCGAUGGUGGGACCUAUGGGUGCACCUACCGUCUCCGGGGGCACCCCUUUGUCUCCUCACAUCCCAGGGCUGAGGUGACGCUGGAGGUGGGAUCUGGCAUGCCCAGCACAGCCUCCGUCCCACCACAACCCCCAGAGCUCCGACCCUCCCUGUCGGUGCACCCCAGCCAGGAAGUGGCCGUGGGGGACACGGUCACCCUGCGGUGCCAAGUGCCCCGGCCAGCUCCCAGGGUCAUAGUCUACAAGGAGGGAGAUGGGAAGUACCGACAGUACCAGGCUGAAGUGAAGGAUGUGGCUGAGUUCUCCCUGGAAGUGUCGACAAGGGACUUUGCUGGGAGAUACCGGUGCCGGUACGAGAUUCCAGAACUGUCAUGGUCCUUGAAGACGAGCGACCCCGUGGAGCUGGUGGUGCUGGUUACCCACUACCCCCCACCCACAGUGUUCCUGAGCCCUGGGGGACGUGUGGGGACGGGCACCAACGUCAUCAUCCAGUGCCAGUCCACGUAUGGGGCCACCUUCAUCCUGCACAAGGCCGGGCGCUCGAGUCCCAUCCAGCGCAAGGACCCUGACAUCAGGGGCACGGCCACCUUUGUCCUCCCUGAUGUGACCCCAUCUGACAGCGGGACCUACGGGUGCUCCUACCGUCCCCGAGGGCACCCCUUUAUCUCCUCACACCCCAGGGUUGAGGUGACGCUGGAGGUGGGACCUGGGAGGCCCAGCAUGGCCCCCCACCCGCUCACCAGCACAUCAACACCGCGCUCCAUGCCCCCAGGUGCCAAGAGGGAGCCCGGCUGGAACGUGGCCUUGGUGGGAGGCUCUGCGGCUGCCCUCGUCAUCGUCCUCGGGCUUGGAGUCGUCUUCCUCAUCGCUGCCUGGUGGCGAAGGAGGCAGCGCGGAAAAGGUCCCACGGUGGCACCGAGCAGGGAUCCUCCGGAGCUGCUCUCCCAGGACAUGGUGGGUGUCUCCCCCCAAGACCUCAGGCCGCUGCAGCCCAUGUCCCAGGAGGACGCCGAUGGCCUGAUGUACGCGGAGCUACGGCCACAAGCGCUGGGCAUCCCGAAGGACUACGUUGCCCCUGCCUCAUCCGUCAUCUACGCCGAGGUGGGCAGCCAGGGGCUCCGAUGAUGCCCUGGAGACCCCCUGCUCCAAAUGCCCCCAGUGCCAAUAAAGACCCAAC